AUGUCCUCUUCUGCUACUCGCACCCAAACCGCAACCGAAAAUUUUGCUCAAUUGCAACUCAACUCAACUCCCAUCACUCACGCUCUUUCCGACGUGGUGAAACAGGAAGACUGGAGUGAUUUCAAAUUCACUCCCAUCCGUGAAUCCACUGUGUCGCGCGCCAUGACCUCGCGCUACUUCCAGGACUUGGAUAAAUUCGCCGUUAGUGAUGUGAUCAUCGUUGGUGCUGGAUCAAGUGGGUUGUCCGCUGCAUAUGUGAUUGCUAAGAACAGACCAGACUUGAAGGUGGCCAUCAUUGAGGCUAACGUCUCAUUAGGUGGAGGCGCAUGGCUGGCGGGAAGUUUAAUGAGUGCGAUGAUCAUGAGAAAGCCUGCUCACUUGUUUUUGGACGAAUUGGAAAUUCCUUACGAAGACGAAGGCGAUUAUGUCGUGGUUAAGCACGCGGCCUUGUUCACAUCCACUGUGAGCAGUAAAGUGCUGCAGUUUCCCAAUGUGAAGCUCUUCAAUGCCACCGCCGUCGAGGAUUUGGUCACUAGACCUGCGGACAAGGGAACCGGCGUACAAGUUGCCGGUGUUGUUACCAACUGGACUUUGGUCACUCAGGCACAUGACUUGCAGAGCUGUAUGGAUCCUAACGUGAUUGAGUUGGCAGGCUACCAGAACGACGGCACUCGCGACCCCAGCCAAAAGCACGGUGUUGUGUUGUCCACUACCGGCCACGAUGGUCCAUUCGGAGCUUUCUCCGCCAAGCGUAUCGUCUCCAUUGACGGCAGCCAAAAACUAGGCGGCAUGAAAGGUCUUGACAUGAACAGAGCCGAGGCUGGUGUUGUCAAGCACGCUGGUAAGUACGAAGGUGUUGACUCGAUGUACUUUGCCGGUAUGGAAGUUGCCGAAUUGCACGGUUGCAACAGAAUGGGUCCAACCUUUGGAGCCAUGGCCGUUAGUGGUAUCAAGGCUGCGGAAGAGAUCUUGAGACACUUUGCUUGA